UUAGUGAUUCGCAAAAAGUGGAACUUUUUAAGGGUUGUGGAGGGAGAGAAAGAGAGAAGAAAAAAUGAUGGAGGGUGUAGGGGUGUUGGGUGUGUCAUCAUCAGCUUCUAUUGUUUGUAAGAGAAGUUGCAGCUUAUCCUACGCCUCCAACAAGCUUAUCCAACGCAGCAAAACUCAACUUGCUGCAUUCCCCUCUCACUCCCAUCUUUUCCUAAAAUCUCAAACAUGUCCUCUUCAAUCCAAAACCAUUGCUCGCAACUCCACCAAACCUGGCAUCUUCCUUCCCCACUUGGUCGCUUCCCUGGAACAAGUUGAGGAGACUUACAUUAUGGUAAAACCCGAUGGUGUUCAACGUGGUCUUGUUGGAGAAAUUAUUUCAAGGUUUGAGAGGAAGGGAUUCAAACUGACUGGCUUGAAGCUCUUUCAAUGUCCCCAAGAAUUGGCUGAGGAACACUACAAGGAUCUCAAGUCCAAACCAUUCUUCCCUAAAUUGAUUGAAUACAUUACUUCAGGCCCAGUUUUAUGUAUGGCUUGGGAGGGUGUUGGUGUUGUGGCAUCAGCACGUAAGCUAAUAGGCUCAACAAACCCUCUGCAAGCAGAGCCAGGAACAAUAAGAGGGGAUCUUGCUGUUCAAACAGGAAGGAAUGUGGUCCAUGGAAGUGACAGCCCUGAGAACGGCAAGCGUGAGAUAGCGCUAUGGUUCAAGGAAGGUGAAUUAUGCCAGUGGAUACCAGCUCAAGCACCAUGGUUAACGGAGUGAUCUUUCACCAAACAAUUACAGUUAGGCACACCUUUGUAACAGCUGUCUUCGGAUUACCCUAGUGUUUUAACUGAUCUUUGAUUCAAACAGUUCAAUGAAAACUGCAUGUAAGAAUAAAAUUGUCAUUUUCUAAUAGAAACAUUCGGAAGUUUAGUCCUUCA